AAGGGCAUGCAUCGACAUUUUGAUGCACUUUUAAAGGCAAUUUCGGUACUUCUGAACUUUUCGGGAUUCGCUUUAAAAGCGACAGCGUUAAGUAAUGGAGCGGGAACUUUCAGUGAGAAGAUAGAGUGGGAGAGAACCAAACCAGAAGAGUCGCGCUCCGAUGUUCCCUUACACUGAAUCCUUGUGAUAUCUGUGCUUCUGUAGCUGGAAUCACAACCUCAAUACUGGGCUUGUGGUCUCAAUAGCCCGUAGUUUUCAGCCAAUUUUUCAUCAAUUGCGCACAAAAGGGGUCAUAAACUCCAUGAGGUUUGGCCAUGGUUUCAUCAAGGAGCCUUUCAUGCUUGGGUUCCUCUCUUUCCUGUGAUAUUUGUCCGAAGAAAUGGAGGAGUUAUUCUACAGUCACAUAUUUUAGGCCAUGUGGAUGGAGAUUUGAGCAAAAGCAGGUUUCAUUUCCCAGAAAAAGACAUAAUCUGGCUAUAAUGAAUGAGAAUGGGGCUGGGGACGAUUCUGAGAGAGUUAAAGGGGAACCGUCCACAGUUGUGAUUGAGAGGCCUCCAAGAUUCAAUAUAUUAAAAGGGAAACCUUGGCCCUUUGGUGCUACUUAUAGGGAUGGUGGUGUGAAUUUUGCCUUGUGUUCGAAUGGAGCUUCCUCUGUGACUCUUUGUCUGAUGAGCCUUUCUGACUUACAAGAGAAUAAAACGAGUGAACAGAUCUACCUUGAUCCACUGAUAAACAAGACUGGGGAUGUUUGGCAUAUAUUUCUUAUGGGAAAUUUCGAGGAUAUGCUCUAUGGUUAUAGAGUUGAUGGGGAGUUUUUCCCGGAGAAGGGGCAUUUCUUCGACUCAUUGAAAAUUUUAUUGGAUCCCUAUGCUAAGGCAGUUGUAAGCAGAGGAGAGUAUGGUGUCCCCGGGCCUGGAGGAGAUUGUUGGCCCCAAAUGGCUGGGAUGGUUCCUUCACCAAAGAAUGAUUUUGACUGGGAAGGAGAUUUACCUCUGCGGCUUCCUCAAAAAGAUCUCAUAAUCUAUGAAAUGCAUGUCCGUGGUUUCACAAAACAUGAUUCCAGCGAGGCGAAUUUCCCAGGAACCUACCGUGGUAUGGUGGAGAAACUUGACCACCUAGAGGAACUCGGAAUCAACGCAAUAGAGCUUAUGCCUUGUCAUGAAUUCAAUGAGCUGGAGUACUACAGCUAUAAUCCUGUCUUGGAUGAUCAUAAGGUGAAUUUCUGGGGUUACUCAACAGUUAAUUUUUUCUCUCCAAUGAUGCGAUAUUCAUCAUCUGGUAUGCAAAACUGUGGCCGUGAUGCAAUAAAUGAAUUCAAGCUUCUUGUUAGAGAAGCUCAUAAACGAGGCAUUGAGGUCAUUAUGGAUGUUGUUUUCAACCACACAGCUGAAGGAAAUGAGAAAGGUCCUACUUUUUCGUUCAGAGGCCUUGAUAGCUGUGUCUACUACAUGCUGGCGCCAAAGGGUGAAUUUUAUAACUAUUCUGGCUGUGGCAACACCGUCAAUUGCAACCAUCCUGUUGUCCGCCAAUUUAUAGUGGAUUGUUUGAGAUACUGGGUAACUGAAAUGCAUGUUGACGGGUUCCGGUUUGAUCUUGCAUCUAUCAUGACCAGAUCAUGCAGUUUAUGGGAUGCAGCCAAUGCCUUUGGGAGCCCAAUAGAAGGCCACUCUAUAACAACUGGCACUCCAUUGAGCAAUCCUCCUUUGAUUGAUUUGAUCAGUAAUGAUCCUGUUCUCAAUGGAAUCAAGCUUAUUGCGGAAGCAUGGGAUGCAGGGGGUCUUUACCAAGUUGGAGGUUUUCCUCAUCAUGGUGUGUGGUCAGAGUGGAACGGCCAGUACCGUGACAUAGUCCGCCAGUUUAUCAAGGGCACAGAUGGACUCUCUGGGGUUUUUGCUGAAUGUCUUUGUGGAAGCCCUCAGUUAUACCAGGGAGGAGGAAGAAAACCAUGGAACAGUAUCAACUUUAUAUGUGCACAUGAUGGCUUGACAUUGUCAGAUCUGGUGUCAUACAAUGAGAAACAUAACUCAGCCAACGGUGAAGGGAAUAACGAUGGUGAGGAUCAUAAUAACAGCUGGAAUUGUGGACAGGAAGGAGAAUUUGCAAGUUUACCUGUACAGCGCUUGAGGAAGAGACAAAUGCGAAACUUUUUCCUUUGUCUCAUGGUGUCACAAGGCACACCCAUGAUAUUCAUGGGGGACGAAUAUGGACAUACCAAGGGAGGGAACAACAAUACUUACUGCCAUGAUAGCUAUAUAAACUAUUUCCGAUGGGACAAGAAAGAAGACGCAUCAUCUGAUUUCUUCAGAUUCUGCCGCCUCAUGACAAAAUUUCGCCGUGAGUGUGAAUCUCUUGGUUUGGAUGAUUUUCCAACUGGAGAGAGGCUGCAAUGGCAUGGCCACUCACCUGGGGUGCCUGACUGGUCUGAGUCCAGCCGCUUUGUUGCGUUCUCACUGAUGGGUUCCAUCGAGGGAGAGAUUUAUGUGGCCUUCAAUACCAGCCAUUUACCAGUGACCAUCGAGCUUCCUGAGCGACCUGGUUAUCGAUGGGAGCCCCUUGUCGACACCAGCAAGCCUUCUCCAUAUGACUUUCUCUCUGCAGAUCUGCCAGAUAGAACCACAGCCAUACAGCAAUAUGACCAUUUCUUGAACUCCAACAUAUAUCCCUUGCUUUCCUACUCGUCAAUCAUUCUCACACUUGCCCCAGAUGACAAUUCAUGAGCAUCCUUUAGUUUCUCUUUCUAUCAUCUUUUCUUUUCUUUCAUCUCUCUCACCUCUCUUGUAUGCUCAUAAUCCUUCAAUCUUGUAAGCUCUCUCUUUCUCAUAUUCUGACAAAUCUUCAAUCUUUUACUCUGCAUAAUGUGCUGAUAAUUCUUCUGCCUUCUAUCCAUGUAAAGUGAAAUAAAACCAUGUAUAGACUACAAAUCAUAUAGAAACAAGCAUUACGAAUAUUUUCUUUUUAUUCA